ACUUCCUUUCUUCCAGAAUCCUCUUUUACAACUCACUGCCCCAAAAUUAUUUCAUUUUACAGGUAGACGCCCAAAAAAAAAUUCCACCUUUUAUAUACCAUCCAUUCCCUCUUUCUUUCCCCCACCCUUCUAUUCUACUCGAUUCCUCCAUCUCCUCACUUUCCCUCGCUUUCCCAGGAAAUUAAGGGAGAACCCAAUUCGAGAACACAAGAAAACAUACUUCCCAGGUGGAAAUGAGAGAAAUUCUUCACAUCCAGGGCGGCCAAUGCGGCAACCAGAUUGGAGCUAAGUUCUGGGAGGUGAUAUGCGACGAGCAUGGUAUUGAUAACACCGGAAAGUAUAGCGGUGACUCUGAACUCCAGCUUGAGCGUAUCAAUGUCUAUUACAACGAGGCCAGUGGUGGCAGAUACGUGCCUCGUGCUGUUCUUAUGGAUCUGGAGCCUGGUACCAUGGAUUCCGUUAGAUCUGGACCGUUUGGGCAGAUCUUUAGGCCUGAUAACUUCGUUUUCGGCCAGUCUGGCGCUGGGAAUAACUGGGCUAAAGGCCAUUACACUGAAGGAGCUGAAUUGAUCGAUUCUGUGCUUGAUGUUGUCAGGAAAGAGGCUGAGAAUUGUGAUUGCUUACAGGGAUUUCAAGUUUGUCAUUCAUUGGGUGGAGGCACUGGUUCUGGCAUGGGAACUCUUCUUAUUUCCAAGAUUAGGGAGGAGUAUCCUGAUCGGAUGAUGUUGACAUUUUCGGUCUUUCCUUCUCCUAAGGUAUCUGACACAGUUGUUGAACCAUACAAUGCCACUCUAUCUGUUCAUCAGCUUGUGGAAAAUGCCGAUGAAUGUAUGGUUUUGGACAAUGAGGCUUUGUAUGACAUCUGCUUCCGCACUCUGAAGCUUGCUACUCCAACUUUUGGUGAUCUUAACCACCUCAUAUCUGCUACAAUGAGUGGUGUUACUUGCUGCCUCCGGUUCCCUGGACAGCUUAACUCUGAUCUUCGAAAGCUUGCAGUUAAUCUUAUUCCAUUUCCUCGCCUGCAUUUCUUCAUGGUUGGGUUUGCACCUUUGACUUCUAGAGGAUCACAACAGUAUCGGGCUUUGACUGUCCCUGAACUAACCCAGCAGAUGUGGGAUGCCAAGAACAUGAUGUGUGCUGCUGACCCACGUCAUGGUCGCUAUCUAACUGCUUCAGCCAUGUUCCGUGGUAAAAUGAGCACUAAAGAGGUUGAUGAGCAAAUGAUAAAUGUCCAGAACAAGAACUCUUCAUACUUUGUUGAGUGGAUACCCAACAAUGUUAAAUCCAGUGUCUGUGAUAUCCCACCUAAGGGUCUCAAGAUGGCAUCGACUUUUAUUGGGAAUUCAACUUCAAUCCAAGAAAUGUUCAGGCGUGUCAGCGAGCAAUUCACAGCAAUGUUCAGGCGCAAGGCUUUCUUGCACUGGUAUACUGGUGAGGGUAUGGAUGAAAUGGAAUUUACUGAGGCAGAGAGUAACAUGAAUGAUCUGGUGGCCGAGUACCAGCAGUAUCAAGAUGCAACAGCUGAUGAUGAGUAUGAAGAAGAAGAAGAAGAGGAGAUUGCUGGUUGAAGUGGGUUUAAAAUCUUUUUCAGUUUGUCUGAAGUUUUUAUUGUGUUGGCUCUGGAAAUGAGUGAUUCUAUUUCUGUUGUUGAAGUGUAAAACCAGAUUGACAUGUUGAUAUGUAUUAUUGUGGGUCCUUGUAUCAGAAAUGGGUACUUUUGUUUUAAAUUUAAAAUUAUGGAUGGAUGUUUUUGUAUCUAA